UAUAUACUCGGCCUAGAGUUUGGACGGUCCGGACAGCUACAAACAUGAGGGACAUAGUGGGUCAGUCACUAGGGGUCAUGUCUCAAGGGCAUCGCCUAAAUCAAAGCGGUAUUGAUCAUGUCAGUCAAGGGCUAUCCUCCCCUCUACAUAAUUUUAUGGUACAAAGUUUAUUGAGAAACUACAUGAUGAAUCAAUGGAAUGUUGGAAAUAUAUCUAUAGAUACUGGCAAUAUAUCUCUGUCCAAUAUGACUGAUUUAACACUGGCAGAGGCAUCAGAAGAGGAUUCCUCCCUUUUGAUUCUGGUUUUAUCUCUUAUUCUAGCUGGACUUAUAGUAGCAUCGAUUGUGAUGACUGUCAUUUUAUUUAAGAAAGACAUAUCGUCACUUACAAGCAACGUUUUUAAGCUUGGGUCUGCCAGAAAACAGCCAGACGAGCCUGAAGACCAGCCUGGUCUUUGGGAUGAAGAUGACGCAACUCUGUACUCUACAAUUUUUCUUGACGAUGCAAACCUAGGUGUUGCAAAAGAUAACUUCGUAGUAGACAACACAUCGAGUGAUUGUAAAAGCCAAUCCGAGUAUAGUCGUCUAAAACGAAACUAUGGAAACAGAAUAAAUAGUGAAGAAAACGGAAGUGAGAACCCUUAUGACAAGUUGGUACUACACACCCAAACUGUAAAUAGAUUAUCUGUGUCAUCAAAAUCAUCUGACGAUCACACACCACAAUGUACGCCUUUGUCAACCGUAUACGUCAUCAGUGAGUUCCCGGAAGUUUUCUGAUAUCAAAUUCAGAAAUAGACCUCAACAUAUUAGUUUUUUUCUUGUUUGUUUUGUCUUUGCUUGUUAUUUUGUAUCUUUGUUUUUUUUUCCAAAUUACUUUAAUUGUGUUCGUGUGUUUUUUCCAACCAUGGUCUAUCUAAUACUUGUGAUCCUACGACUUAAAUUUCAAUUUAAGUAACCAUCUGUAUGAAAAUGAUCUUAUAGAGUUCAAUUUUGUUUACCUGCCUUAUACAGAAGUCAUCGGAAUGUUAAACAAGACUUAUAAUCAAACAAUUUAUGUUUGAUGUCCUAUUUAAGUAACAAUAAACUUUUUUAAA